AUGAACCUCUUCAGCCUUACAGCUCUUGAUGCUGGAAUCAUAUCCGAUAGCUCCCAUGGCUCCCUCACGGUUAGUGUUCCGCAAUUGAUUAUCUUUUUGGCAUUUGCUUACCAUGCACCCAGGCAUCAUCGCCAUACCAGUGGCUGGUCAUACCGCCAAGUAGCAGCAGCGUCAUUCCUCAAGACAUUCCUACGAAACUUCGCUUUCCUCCGAAUCAAAUGGCCAAUAUCACUUAAGCCACGUUGCGAAUCUACCCGUUUCGUUGUCAUGAACCCCGCGCCGGCAGACCUCUACACUGGCGUCGCGAUAGACGCGGACAUCCAACCCGCCCGAAUCGGAGGCACGUGGUAUCCCGAACCCUACAAUCCUCCUUCUCCUACCUUUCAAUCCUCCUCGCCUGAAGAAGACCAAAUAAAACACCAACACAUCAUCCUCCACUUCCACGGAGGCUCCUACAUCCUCGGCGACGGCCGCACCUCAUCAUGCGGCUUCCUCGCCAAAUCCUUCCUCGAAAACACCCCCGCCUCGCACGUCCUCUGUCCACAAUACCGACUCGCCACGCACAAGGGGGGCCGAUUCCCCGCGCAACUUCAAGACGCAAUCACCUCAUACAUGUAUCUGAUCAGGGACUUGCAGAUCCCUGCGUCCCGGAUCGUGCUGAGUGGUGAUAGUUCGGGCGCACAUCUCGCGUUGGCGUUGUUACGGUAUAUUCUCGAUCAUGGGUAUGAGUUCGCGUCGAAGGAUAAGGGUCGGGGUCAGGACACGGGGCUGGGCAUUGACAUUCCCACCCCGAAAUGCGCGUGGGCUUGGUCGCCUUGGUGUGAUGUCCCUGGCGCUGUGGAUGCGCAGGGAUGGACGCAUAGUGAGAAUUACAAGACGGAGUAUAUUCCGGGUUCGUUCCCUGCGUGGGGCGCGAGACGGUUUCUUGGGGAUUUGGAGAUCACGGAGGAAAGGGAGAGGUAUUUGGCGCCGCUGAGGUGGCCGUUUCGGGUCCCUUGUCCGGUACUGGUGGGGACUGGGAAUCGGGAGGUUUUGUUUCAUGAGCAUGUGCGGUUGGUGGAGGUGUUGGGGGAACGGAGGGGUGGGGAUGGAGAUCCGCCAGUGGAAAUUGUGGUGGCGGAUAAAGUGCCGCAUGAUGUUUUUAUGAUUGCGUGGAUUAUGGGUUUUAAGGCGGAGGCGAGGGUUUGCGCGAGGAAGGCGGGGGAGUUUGUGGAUAGGAUAGGGGGUGGUGUCAAGCUUUAG